UUAAAAUGUUUAAUAAUUAAAUGUAACAACCUAACACACCAUAUGGACCUGCGACAACUUAAAUACCUUAAAAUUAAAAUCGAAAUCUAUAAUAGCCCUCUUAAAUUCCAAAUCAGAAAUAAAUAUACCCACAAAUGGUAUAUUAAAUUUUAUUAAUGUAAUAGAUUCCUCAAUUAUAAACAUAAACAAUUACUCAAACUCCAAACAAUAUUCCUCCUCAGGGUAAUUAAAGUUAGUAAUAAAUAAGACCAAAUAUGAUUUCAAACAGAAUCGUACCCUAAUAAGUAAAUGUUAAUCUUAGAUAAACUAGGAACCUCUUGGAUCAAUAAGAAAUUAAGUUCAACCAUUUAAAUCAUCUCCAUAAAAAUACAUGAAAGUUGAUGUUCCAUAAUCUAUUCGAAGCUAAAAUAAUUCAUCCCCUUAAGGUCCAGCAUCAUAUAAAAGUAAUACUAACCUCUCAGGUUAAAAACCUGCAUUUGUUGAGUAUCUACCUCCUGUUUAUGUUCCUCAUAUUGAACCAAUGAUUACAUAGACUUUGGUCGAUAAUCCAAUAAAAGUAGUGGACUUAAACAAAUUUGAAGAAAUGUGGAAGAAGAGGAUGCAAGGAAUUGAAGACUUAUUAGCAACAAAAUAAAUACCAGUUGAAGCUGAAACAAUAGAAUUAAGGGCUGCAUAAAAUGACGAUAGUGAAAAAGUUAUUGAACUUUAAAAUGAACUAUUUCUAAUAAGAUAAUAGCUCGAAGAUAGAGAUAAAGAAAUUAUGGAUCUCAAAUCUUAAUUAUAAUCUGCCAUUGAACAAUUAGAUUUUGAAAAUUGUAAAUAUUAUCAUAUUAUAUUAGAAUAAAGUAAGAAUUCGGCUUCUGUAUAGAUUUCAGAAUUAUAAAUGAAGAUUACUACUCUCUAGUCAAGUAUUGUUAAUCUUAAACUUGAACUUUAAUAAUCUGAUUAAAAUUUGGAAAAAUAUUAACAAGACAAUUUUACAUUGAGAAAUGACAUCCAAAAUUAUAUUAUGCAAUGCUAAAUAAAGGAUGAAACAAUUAUAAAAUUGAAUCAGUAAAUAAAAUAAUUAACUUUGGACUUUUGUAUAUUAUUUUUCUUUAUAUUUUUAGAAUAAAAUAAAAAUGGAUCUAACAUUCAAGUGAAUGAAUUAUCAAUAUAAAUAACUACUUUCCAAUAAACAAUUUCUAAUUUAAAAAAUGAAUUGUUAUAAAAUUCUUAAUUAAUAGAAAGAUUAUAAUUAGAAAAUGUAUAAUUAAGAAAAGAAAUAUAAAAUUAUAUUGAUUAAUGUAAUGAAAAGGAUGAUUUAAUUUAAAAAUUGGAUUAAGAAAUAUCAGAAUUAAAUUAACAUGUAGAAUAAUUAACUGAAGAAAUUACAACAACACAAUCUAUUAAAACUUAUGAAGAAGAAGCUAAAAUUUGGAAAAAAAAGUUUAAAGAACUUAAUGAUGUUUAUCAUUCAUGUUAGGAGAAAUUGAUGGUAAAAGAAGCAGAAUACGAAUCAUUGUAGAAAUAAUAAAGCUCCUAAAGAAUAGUAACUUAGACAACUGUUGUACAAUAAAAUAGUUCUAGGUUUGCCAAAAAUGUAAAUUUAAAUAAUCAAUUUUAAAGGAUUCCGAUUAUGUUUCAAGUAGUCUUACUUAAAAUGAUAUUGAGAAAUUACAAAGUUUGUAAAAGCCGCUAUAAUUAUGA